CAGUGUGAUGAAGAAAAAGCAUGCGGCGAUUUCAAGUAUAUAAGUACGGCACAGUCACAGAGUGAUGGUAAAAACUGCGGGAAGUGCGGUACCAAGUGUUCCGAGAGCAAGAUGUGCUGCGAUUCCAAGUGCGUGGAAAAGGCCAUAUUCCAGAACAAUCCCAUGAACUGCGGCAAGUGGGGGAAUAAAUGUCCACAAACCUACAACUGCCACUCGAGCCACUGCCUCGAACCAUACAACUGUGAAACCGGCGUCUGCCUCCUCGAAAGCUGCCACGUUACCAUUCUCAACGGGUCUGGCUGUGGUGCUGGUGAAGACGAGUUGUGCGAUUGCAUGGAGACCGCCGACGGGAAUCCGUUUUGCGGCACUUUCGAUGGGCAGUAUUGCAAGGAUCUGUGUAAUAGUGAUCUAGACUGCCGACAUAGCAAGGGCAAGAUCUACGUGAGGUGGGAUAAGACUUUUUGCUUGGCGGUGGCUUCUGACGAUGGGAAGUUUAAGGGUGUUUGCUUUGAGGCCUAUGGGGGAAAGUGGGAGAGGUUCGGUGGUUUGCUCCUUGGUCUUCCGGCUUCAAAAGUCCGCAUCUGA